CAUACCCUCGAUUUGAAUGACACACAACACAAGAAAGGACAAUACCAACCAUGGCUAGAGCUUUCACUUGUUCUUUCCUUUUGAUCUCUUCUCUUUUAGUGGCUUCUUGGUUUAGUGCCAUUGAAGCACAGACCAAACCUCCGAUAAAGAAUGGUCUUUCAUGGACAUUCUACCAGAAUAGCUGUCCUAAAGUUGAAUCGAUUAUUAGAAAGGAGCUCGAGAAAGUUUUCAAGAAAGAUAUUGGCCAAGCUGCUGGCUUGCUUCGUCUUCACUUCCAUGACUGCUUUGUUAAGGGAUGCGACGGGUCGGUAUUGCUUGAUGGAUCAGCAGGUGGGCCAAGCGAAAAGUCUGAACUUCCCAAUUUGACCUUAAGAAAAGAGGCAUUUAAAAUCGUCAAUAGACUCCGCGAGCUUGUUCACGAGGAAUGUGGCCGUGUCGUCUCUUGCUCUGAUAUUGUCGCUAUUGCUGCUCGCGAUUCCGUUGUCUUGACUGGUGGUCCUAAAUAUGAUGUCCCCUUGGGAAGGCGAGAUGGAGUAGUAUUUGCUGAAGUGAAUCAAACAUUUACAGACCUUGUUGGACCUGACGCUAACACUACUACAAUUCUUACUAAGCUUGCAAGAAAGAACUUAGAUGCCACCGAUGCGGUGGCUCUCUCCGGUGGCCAUACCAUUGGCAUUGGUCACUGCACAUCUUUCACUGACCGUCUUUACCCACAAGAUCCUACAAUGGACAAGACCUUCGCUAAUAAUCUCAAACGAACAUGUCCCAAAAAAGAUACUGAUAAUACUACUUUCUUGGACAUCAGGUCUCCUAACAAAUUUGAUAACAAGUACUUCGUUGAUCUGAUGAAUCGCCAAGGUUUAUUUACUUCGGAUCAAGAUUUGUACACAGAUAAAAGGACAAGAGAUAUUGUUAAAAGCUUUGCUGUUAAUGAAUCUUUGUUCUUUGAGAAAUUUAUUAUUGGGAUGAUCAAGAUGGGGCAGCUGGAUGUUGUGACAGGCAAACAAGGAGAAAUUCGAGCUAAUUGCUCUGUCAGGAACUCUGAUAACAAGUAUUUGGUGUCUGUGACAGAGGAAGAUUUCGGUUCAUCAGCUGAAAUGAGAUAAAAUUCGACUUCAGGGAUGCAGUUUGUUGGGUUUGAUCAGAUUUUGUUGGGUUUUUUAAGAGUGUUGCUUUGUUGUUAAUAAUAAUAAUAAAGGAGUUGGCUUUGUUAAAUAAUCAAUUUUCAAUGACUAAUUAAUUGAAAGUUUUGAGCUAUCUAACAGAAA